CUCGCGGAUAGCGGCCUCACCGCGGAUUCAUACAAAAUAACAUAAAAUCGAUUAAAAAAUGUAUGAUAAUAUCGAUUGAAAAAAAAAUUCGAUACGAAACUACGUGGACGUCAACUAUUAUGAAUUUCUAACUUUUUUCGCGGCAUUCUAAUUGCUAAGCGGACAAGUUAAAACGUUACAAGUAGCACGUGCUUCUUUCGGAAAUUAUGCCUGUUACAAAUUAGUAGGGUUAUAGAAGUUUGACAGUUAUUGAAAAAUAUUAUUGUGACGUGACGUUUCGAAACUUUUUUCGAUGAUUUUUCAUUAGUUUUUAUGUAUUUACUUAUUUAUAUAAUUAAAAAUGUGAUUAAUAACGAAAAUGGGAGUCAAAAUUGCGGAAAUUGAAUGUGAAAAUAGUGGAUCCGCGAUUUGGAGCGAGAUAUCCGGUUAGCUAACCAGAGAUAAAACCAUGACAAAACGAAUUUGACUGCCACAAAAAUAAAGAUCUUCAUUAAUAAUGUGAUAAUCAUUAAUAAAAAAUAAAAAAGUCUUACAUAAAUAGUAUUUUUAGGCCAGUAUUAGUUUUAAAUAAGUGAUUUAUUAAAAAAAAAAAACUACCAUAAUGUGUUCAACUGAUUUCGGACUUUUUUUACAUAAACCAGCUCUGAAUGCAUAUCGCUCGAAGAGUACUUAAUGGUUUACAUGGAGGAUAGAGAGGGCGCGAGGCGUCGGCUAGGCGCUGUGCUGCCCACUAAUAUGGAGGCGUGCGAGCACCCGGUUCAGCUGGAGCCUGUAGACCUCAGCGUGAAGCGACCGUCUACUCCGAGAAGGCGGCAUCGCGGUGGGACACCAUCCUCGUCGAAACUCAUCAGCUAUGAUGGUUCCACGUCGACCCAACUGACAUUUGAAUCGAGUCAUCAGGUGCCGAAAAUCAAAGUGGGACCUGACCUUCGGAGCGCGAGGAAACCUAAAACUGUUAACCGGUACAAACCGGAGCCACCGCCAUUCGUUCCUCCGCUCCCGUUCCUGCCCACCCUGAAACCGGAAGACGUGCAGAAGAGCAUCUUCUUCAACACCGCUUUACAGAAAGCGCUGACUUCAUCACUCGCACAGAUGCCGCUUCGCAAGAGGACUGACAAUGACAUCCAAUCCCCAGAAGAAUCUCGUCGAAGACUCCACAAAUGCGACGUGGCGGGAUGCCACAAGGUAUACACCAAGAGUUCCCAUCUCAAGGCUCACAAAAGGACACAUACUGGCGAAAAGCCCUAUAGCUGCGUGUGGGCAGGGUGCGGGUGGCGUUUCGCGCGCUCGGACGAGUUAACUCGCCACACUCGUAAACAUACCGGGCAGCGGCCGUUCGCAUGCGCGCUGUGCCGCCGCGGGUUCGCCCGCUCCGACCACCUGCGGCUGCACAUGAGGAAACACGCGCCAGCGCACCGACACGGGCCAUGCGACGUGUGAUUUACAACGUUUUUUGGGAUUGGGAUUGAAAUUUACACGAAUUUACACGGUUUUACAUGAAUUUACACGGUUUUACACGAAUUUACACGGUUUUACAUGAAUUUACAUGUUUCUACAUUAAGGGGCUUUUCAGGCUACGUUCCUCAAAAGUAAUGUAGAUGGCUCUGUAACGAUUUUUCCUUCGUUUAACCUGGAUAGUUAUACAUAACAUAACAUACAUAAAUAGCCUAUAUACGUCCCACUGCUGGGCACAGGCCUCCUCUCAAUCAACCGGAGAGGGUAUGGAGCAUACUCCACCACGCUGCUCCACUGCGGGUUGGUGGAGGUGUUUUUACGGCUAAUAGCCAGGACCAACGGCUUAACGUGCCCUCCGAAGCACGGAAUCAACUCACUUUUUCGGACAAUCAGGUGAUUCGAGCCUGAAAAGUCCUUGCCAAACAAAGGACAGUCUCACAAAGUGAUUUCGACAAUGUCCCCAUCGGGAAUCGAACCCGGACCUCCGGACCUCCUCCUGGAUAGUUAUAUGCAUGUUUUAUCUUUUUGCUUUUGGGUAUAAAUGCUAUUGGUAGUGGAGCUGGUUUAAAGCGGUACAACGCCAUCUAUAUUGUUUUUGAGAAACGUACACUGUCAUAAAUUCAUCAGUUAAUAUAAUCACACUAUUAAAUGAGAUUUUUAUCCGAAUUUUAUAAAAUGUAUUCAUUGAUAUUAUGAAGGAAAAAAAUCGCACACAACAUGCCUUAAAAUCAUUACUGGUGCUAAAUCCUGUAGACAGCAUCUAAUUUUAUUUUAAGUUAUAUCUAUCGCUUUCUUAUCCGCUGAAAAGGAAAGGGACGGAUAAUCGACAAACAUAAAUGGGGCUUAAAGGAGUCUCUAUACUGUGAAUGUGGUCACCCGGAUCAAACCAUAUCUCACAUAGCGAACGAGUGCCCUCUACACCGGUUCCCAGGUGGCAUAGCCGGGCUGCAUUGUCUGACGGAUGCGGCAGAGACUUGGUUAGGGGAGCUUAAGCUGGAUAUACGAUCCACGCAGGAUAUUUUAUUUUUGUCUGCCAUACGCAAUAAUAAUAAUCGACGAACAUUAAAUUUAUAGAACUCAGCUCUCGAAAAACUCAAUUUUAGGGACAAAUCUAAAACAACCCUAUAAAAAAAUUACAUUGGCAUAUAACCCGACGGAAUUACGAUCAAUCGGUUUGCAUAUCAGCGAGAUACCAAUUUGAUUCGCCCGGGGUUAUUCAUUCAUUUACUCAUUCUUCCUAAAAUUGAGAGCUGUCAAUCAUCUGUCCCUUUCCUUUGCGGCGGAUAAGAAAAUGACAGGCAUAACUUAAAGUAUAAUUGGGAGGUGUCUGCAAGAACCGGGGCCAUUAUAUUGUUAUAUUAUAAUAUAUUUUAGUUAAUAAUUAAUUAUACUAAAGGUGGCAUUAUUUUUAAACUUAAGGCCAGUAAUUUUCUACAUUUAUUUUGUUUAUA